UAGAUAACCAAGUCCCUCAAAAACCCUAAUUUCACAAUUUUGCCCCUUUGUCGAAUUUUUCCUUCCUCUAUCCAAAUCUCAUCUAUUUUCUGCAACUUUCUAUCUCAAAGAUAGAACUCUUUCGUUUCUGCACAAAACCUUCUCAAAUUCAAGCACACACCGAAAGGGUUUAUCUUUCGAUAAUUUCGGAUGAUUGGUUCCUCAAUUCAAAUUGUUUUCUGAUUACUUCACGAGACGGUGGGGUCACAGUGAAAAAAAUGCAUUCAGUGGGAAAUUCUCGUGUUUGUAUAGUUUAAAUGAUGGCGUUGACAACAAAUCAGUUUCAGGGUUCUUGCAGCACUUUCCCCUCCAUGCCUUCAUCAUGGAGCCGAGGAAGCAAGAUAACACAUUUUUUGCCUACAUUCCGCCCGGUUUGCAGAAAAGAUAGAAUAAUCUCACUGAAAUGCAGAUCGCAUUCGAGUGUAGAAUCUUCUGUUGCUCUUGGACUGAAGUCAAAACCAUUUAAAAUAUUGGCCUUCAAAGGUAGCAGCCGAAAUGAUGAUUCAGGUGGCAGAGGGUCCCUGAAAAAUCCUGUUAAAGUUUCUUAUUUGCAACACGAGAGUGAAGAAUCCUCUGUGGAAUCUCCAAAUGUACAGAAAGUUGUUCCUGCCUCUUACACUGAAGCAGCAGAUGAAACGACAACCAGGUCUCUGGCUAUACAAAAUUUAUUUAGAAACUGGUUGAUGUUACUCCGUACACCAUCACAAACCCCACCCACGGAAGGAGGUGUUGAAGAACCUUUGUCAGUUGAAACAUCGGAAACGGCAAACACUAUGCAAAAGCAAGAAAGAGGUGAAAUGUUGAAAGCAGUUUGGUGCUACUUUCUUGGAUUGGAUGCAACAAUAAAGAUACCCUUGUUAAUCUUCACCCCAUUGUACCUUGCAGUUAACCUUGUAUACGGGCCAGAAGUAUCGAAAGAAUUAACCCCACUAUGGAUUCUCGGUCCACUAAUCGUGGCUCUCUACAUCAAGAUGUUUCGUGCAAUAUGCGGCCUCUACGUAUUCAGCUUCAAACAGACGGUCAAAGUAGUCAAGAAUCUACCUACUUACUGCGUACUCGUACACGAGUACCUUUUCCGAGGGAAGCUAAAAGAAGCCAUACGAGCACGCUUAUGGCAACCGAUAGCAGAUAUAAAAAAUAUGGACUACAAAGAAGCAGCACGAACAAAGAUGAAGAUUUUGCAAGAGUGGCUGGUUGAAAAGUACCUCGAUUACGUCGAAUCCAUAUGGCCUUAUUACUGCAGAAUAAUCAGGUUUUUGAAGAGGGCGAAUCUGCUAUAGCAUCGAAUAUUUUUCGUCGAAGAUUCCUUUUUGGCUGCUAGUUUGUUCGUUUAGGUUGAAAUGUUGAGAAGGUACAAUUUGUUGAGCCCCUUUUUGUACUGGGGUUCUUCCCUUGAUUCAAUUAGAGAAAAAAAAGUCAACUGAAAAAUGGCAGAUUAGGGGUGGUCAAUAUUUGUACUCAUUGUCUACAUUUUGAGUUCCUGGUGAUUUUGUGGGGCUCUCCUUUCUUGUUUCAUGGUUUAUAAUUGAAGUGAUGAUCUGAUUCAUUUAUAAUAAAAUUCUUUGUAUGAAGAAAUCCUUUAUUUA